AUGACCCAGAUCGUGCGGGGUCUGCAGUGGGGCUGCACCCACACACCCUCACCUGGGCUCACACCGCUGGCCUGGGGUCUGGAUGCCCUGUACUCAGCCCGUGCCCCGGAAGAUGGCAGCUCACUGCCCCCGCCCGCCGGCGUUUCGGGGGCUCUGGACAAACUGUCCCCUGGACCCCAGCGGCAGACGCUCCCAGCCUGGGAUCCGGAGUCCCAGAGAAAGAGGACGGUGCAGAAUGUCCUGGAUCUACGACAGAACCUGGAGGAGACCAUGUCCAGCCUGCGAGGGUCCCAGGUGACACACAGCUCCCUGGAGAUGACCUGCUACGACAGCGACGACGCCAACCCCCGCAGCGUGUCCAGCCUGUCCAACCGCUCGUCGCCCCUGUCCUGGCGCUACGGCCAGUCCAGCCCGCGGCUGCAGGCCGGGGACGCGCCGUCGGUGGGCGGCAGCUGCCGCUCGGAGGGGCCACCCUCCUGGUACAUGCACGGAGAGCGCGUGCACUACGCGCACACCAUGCCCAUGCGCUCCCCCAGCAAGCUGGGCCACAUCUCGCGCCUGGAGCUGGUCGAGUCGCUGGACUCGGACGACGUGGACCUCAAGUCUGGCUACAUGAGCGACAGCGACCUCAUGGGCAAGACGAUGACGGAGGACGACGACAUCACCACCGGCUGGGAUGAGAGCAGCUCCAUCAGCAGCGGGCUCAGUGAUGCCUCAGACAACCUCAGCUCGGAAGAGUUCAACGCCAGCUCCUCACUCAACUCCCUGCCCACCACGCCGACGGCAUCUCGCAGGAACUCGACUAUAGUGCUGCGCACGGACUCCGAGAAGCGCUCGCUGGCAGAGAGUGGGCUGAGCUGGUUCAGUGAGUCGGAGGAGAAGGCCCCCAAGAAGCUGGAGUACGACAGCGGCAGCCUGAAGAUGGAGCCCGGGGCGUCCAAGUGGCGGCGGGAGCGGCCCGAGAGCUGCGACGACCCAUCCAAGGUUGGGGAACUGAAGAAGCCCGUCACCCUGGGGCACCCCGGGUCCCUGAAGAAGGGCAAGACCCCGCCGGUGGCCGUCACCUCCCCCAUCACUCACACGGCCCAGAGCGCCCUCAAGGUCGCAGGCAAACCCGAGGGCAAGGCUGCCGACAAGGGCAAGCUGGCGGUGAAGAGCGCCGGCCUGCAGCGCUCCUCCUCGGACGCCGGCCGCGACCGCCUGGGUGACGCCAAGAAGCCUCCCUCGGGCAUCGCGCGCCCAUCCACAUCGGGAUCCUUCGGCUACAAGAAGCCCCCUCCCGCCACAGGCACGGCCACCGUCGUGCAGACCGGGGGCUCGGCCACGCUCGGCAAGGUCCAGAAGUCCUCGGGCAUCCCCGUCAAGCCGGCAAAUGGACGCAAGACCAGCCUGGACGUGCCCAACAGCGCAGAGCCCGGCUUCCUGGCUCCGGGCGCCCGUUCCAACAUCCAGUACCGCAGCCUGCCCCGACCGGCCAAGUCCAGCUCCAUGAGCGUGACCGGCGGGCGGGCCGGCCCCCGGCCCGUGAGCAGCAGUAUCGACCCCAGUCUCCUCAGCACCAGGCAGGGCAGCCUGACGCCCUCCAGGCUGAAGGAGCCCUCCAAGGGGGCCGGCGGGCGGGCCACCCCAGCCCCCGUCAACCAGACGGACCGGGAGAAGGAGAAGGCCAAGGCCAAGGCCGUGGCCCUGGACCCAGACAGCGUGUCCCUGAAGAGCAUGGGCUCCCCAGAGAGCACGCCCAAGGGCCAAGCGAGCCACUCCCCGGCCCCCAAGUUGGCAGAGCUGCCGCCAACCCCCCUCAGGGCCACGGCUAAGAGCUUUGUCAAGCCGCCCUCCCUAGCCAAUCUGGACAAGGUCAACUCCAACAGCCUGGAUCUCCCUGCGUCCGCUGACGCCCAUGCGCCGAAGGUCCCAGAUCUGCACGCUCCGGGCCCGGCCGCCGGGGGCCCCCUCCCUUCUUGCUUCAGCCCCAGCCCAGCCCCCAUCCUCAACAUCAACUCCGCCAGCUUCUCCCAGGGCCUGGAGCUCAUGAGCAGUUUCGGCGUCCCCAAAGAGACCCGCAUGUACCCCAAGCUCUCAAGCCUGCACAGGAGCAUGGAGUCCCUCCAGAUGCCCAUGAGCCUGCCCGGCGCCUUCCCCAGCAGCGCCCCCGUCCCCGCACCCCCGCGCCCCCCCGCCGCCCCCGCAGAGGAGAACACUGAAGAGCUGCCCUGGAGCGAAAGCCCCAGGACCGGGCAGCUGGACAGUAAUCAGCGGGAUCGGAAUACUCUUCCCAAGAAGGGGCUCAGGUACCAGCUCCAGUCCCAGGAGGAGGCCAAGGAGCGGCGACACUCGCACACCAUCGGGGGGCUGCCCGAGUCCGACGACCAACCAGAGCUUCCGUCGCCCCCUGCGCUGUCCAUGUCCCUGAGCGCCAAGGGCCAGCUCACCAACAUAGUGAGUCCCACUGCGGCCACCACGCCAAGAAUCACCCGCUCCAACAGCAUCCCCACCCACGAGGCGGCCUUCGAGCUGUACAGCGGCUCCCAAAUGGGGAGCACCCUGUCCCUGGCCGAGAGACCCAAGGGGAUGAUCCGGUCAGGAUCCUUCCGAGACCCCACGGACGACGUUCACGGCUCAGUGCUGUCCUUGGCCUCCAGUGCCUCUUCCACCUACUCCUCAGCUGAGGAGAGGAUGCAGUCUGAGCAAAUCCGGAAGCUUCGCAGGGCACUGGAGUCAUCCCAGGAGAAAGUAGCCACCUUGACGUCGCAGCUCUCCGCCAACGCCAACCUGGUGGCGGCUUUUGAGCAGAGCCUGGUGAGCAUGACAUGCCGCCUGCGGCACCUGGCAGAGACAGCCGAGGAGAAGGACACUGAGCUACUGGACUUACGGGAAACCAUAGACUUUCUGAAGAAGAAGAACUCUGAGGCCCAGGCCGUCAUUCAGGGGGCCCUCAAUGCCUCAGAAGCCACACUCAAAGGACUCCGGAUCAAGAGGCAGAACUCCUCGGACAGCAUCUCGAGCCUCAACAGCAUUACCAGUCACUCCAGCAUCGGCAGCAGCAAGGAGGCCGAUGCCAAAAAGAAGAAGAAGAAGAGCUGGCUCCGAAGUUCCUUCAACAAAGCCUUCAGCAUAAAGAAGGGGCCCAAGUCCGCUUCCUCCUACUCUGACAUCGAGGAGAUCGCCACGCCCGACUCCUCGGCCCCCUCGUCCCCCAAACUGCAGCACCAGGCUACGGAGACUGCCUCGCCCUCCAUCAAGUCCUCCGCCUCGUCCUCCGCCGGCACCGACGCCCCCGAGGGCCCCGCUCCCCCGGGCCCCCACGCCCGCCUGUUCCAGGGCAGCGAGGAGGAGGAGCCCGAGAAGGAGGUGUCCGAGCUGCGCUCCGAGCUGUGGGAGAAGGAGAUGAAGCUCACGGACAUCCGCCUGGAAGCCCUCAACUCGGCCCACCAGCUGGACCAGCUGCGGGAGACCAUGCACAACAUGCAGUUGGAGGUGGACCUGCUGAAAGCUGAGAACGACCGGCUGAAGGUGGCCCCGGGGCCCUCGGCGAGCUCCGCUCCAGGGCAGGCCCCGGGAUCUUCGUCUCUGCCUUCCCCUCGCCGCUCCCUGGGCCUGGCGCUCACCCAUCCCUUCAGCCCGAGCCUCGCAGAUACAGACCUGUCUCCCAUGGAUGGUAUCAGCACCUCUGGUCCAAAGGAGGAAGUGACUCUUCGGGUGGUGGUGAGGAUGCCCCCACAGCACAUCAUCAAAGGGGACUUGAAGCAGCAGGAGUUCUUCCUGGGGUGCAGCAAGGUCAGCGGGAAAGUUGACUGGAAGCUGCUGGAUGACGCUGUUUUCCAGGUGUUCUUGGACUGUACUGUACUGAGGACCCUGGGGCGCCAGGAACUCAGUGAGAGUAAGAGGCCAGAGACAGCCCAGAAGACACCCCUUCAGUCUGCAGUGGUUUUCCUUGCAGUCACUUGGCUAAAUACAGGGAAUUUGCUGAUUAAUUCAUUCAAGGGCUUGCCGAUCACAGAUUGCAGGGAAGCACCUUCUUCUCCAGAGACGGUGAGAGACAGCGUGGAAAACCAUCUUCUGGACUGGACUGAAAUUGUGCCUGGGGAGGCUGAGCGCAUCCCACUCCAGGUCUCCAGGAGUAGCCUAGGGGCCAAACAGAAGCCCCUCGUGCCCACUGGGUAA